AUGAUUUCCUUCUUAUUACUUAUUUUCCUCAUACAACUAGCCAUAUAUAUCGUCAAUACGAUCGGCUCAAGCACGAUCGAUGACCUGCUAUGGAUUCUCUACCUACGAUUACCAAUGCCCAUCUCAAAAGACACUCGUAAACAUGGUGAGCUAAAGCACGAUGUCGUCCAACUCAAACGAGAAAUGAACGCGACCAGUUCGCAGGACGAAUUCGCCAAAUGGGCAAAACUGCGAAGGAGGCAUGACAAAGCUAUGGAGGAAUACGAGGCGAUGAACCGAUCAAUGGGCUCAAGAAAAACCUCGUUCCAAUUCUCGAUCAAAAUAGCCCGCUGGCUAACACUGAAUGGACCUCGCCUCUUCAUUCAAUUCUACUACACCAAGACUCCCGUCUUUGAUCUUCCCGCCGGAUGGUUCCCGUACCCCGUUGAAUGGAUCUUGUCGUUUCCGCGGGCGCCGUUAGGAUCGGUUAGUAUCCAGGUAUGGAGCAGUGCUUGUGCGACAGCUAUUUCGUUGGCGGGCGACGUGGUGAUUGCGGUUGUGCAGAGGAGACAAGCGAGCAACAGACAGGCUCAGGCAGUUCCUGCUGGGAAGUCGGAAGCUGCGACUAAAUAG